CACCACCUCAACACCUCCUUUCCUCUCUCUCUUUCUUCUAGUUUUCCUUUCUCUCUCUUCGGUUCCCAAUUCAUUGUACACUAAUCAGAGCACCGUUCACCAAUGGCGUUUCUGCUGCAUUCUUAGUUUCUCAUUUUCCUGUUCGCAAUUUCGUUCGUCCCGUUUCUUCUCAGCGUGCGUUUGUUCGGUUCCGUUGCAGCAAUGGAGUUUGAGCGCCCAACCGCCGCACCGCUCAACUCCGCCAUGACCUACGACGAGGCCUCCAUGGAGCGCAGCAAGAGCUUCGUCAAUGCCUUGCAGGAACUUAAGAACCUAAGGCCUCAACUGUAUUCUGCUGCAGAAUACUGUGAAAAAUCUUAUCUCCAUAGUGAACAGAAACAAAUGGUUCUUGACAACCUGAAAGAUUAUGCUGUAAGAGCCCUUGUGAAUGCUGUUGAUCAUCUAGGAACGGUUGCAUACAAGUUAACUGACCUUCUUGAGCAGCAAACAUUAGAUGUCUCAACCAUGGAUUUGAAGCAGAAACUUCUUACCUGCCAAAUCUACACUGAUAAAGAAGGUCUACGGCAGCAACAACUGUUGGCUUUCAUUCCUAGACAUCAUAAGCACUACAUUUUGCCAAAUUCUAUCAAUAAAAAGGUGCAUUUCAGUCCACACAUCCAGAUUGAUGCAAGACAGAAUCUAUUUCAAACCAGAACCCGUUUACAAUCUUCAGGUACCCCUGCAGCGAAAACUCUUUCAUGGCAUUUAGCAUCAGAGACAAAGUCUACCUUAAAAGGGUCUUCUCAUGCCUCCCCAAACAUCGAGAACCCAAAAUUUUCUGCCAAGGCUUCUGGAGUCUUCCAUCUUUUAGAUAAUGAAGAGAACACCUGGAUGAAAUCCUCACCAGCACAAACUCACUUUCCAAAUGGAGUUCCUCCAUCUAGUACACCUAUUCAUACUUUAGGUGGUACGCGCAAGGAUGCAUUGGAGGGUUCGAAACCGUUGACAGCAUUCAGGUCAUUUGACAACCCAAAUCGGCGCGAGGUUGUCCAAGUCCCUACUAGAAGCAAGAGUGUGCUAUCAGCUUUCUUUGCUAAGCAGAAAACACCAAAGUUGAAGGCCAGUUCUUUCUUAUGAGUACACUCAGAAUUAAUUAGUCUCUCAUUCAAACCUUUGAAUAAUGAUCCUGUCAGUAGCAGCUUCCCUUUCAAUGAUAAAGGCCAGGAUCUUGGUCUUCUACUCGCUCGCUCUUACUCUUCUCAAUUGUCAUCUAUAGUGUUCAGGCAUCUCUAAAAUGUAUAUUUGUGGCAUGCUAUGCAAAAAAAAAAAAAAAUACAUUUUUUGUUCUUCAAGUUUUGAUGUAUCACCAAAAUUUUAAAGAUGGGGUCUUAUUCCGAUGUAUUAUACU